AUGUUGAGAAAAAUUGGGAGAGAUUUGCCGAAGAUUCAGCGAUUUGCUUCAUUCGCGGUUGAAAAGCCUCCGAGAGAUGCCUCUCUUGUGACCUCUCCUGACCAGCUAAGACCAUUCGCGCAACGAAUUUGGUCUGAUGUCCGUGAAUUUAUCAACGAGGAAUGCAUUCCUUUGGAGCAAAAAUUUCUAGCACAGGAGUUUUCCGAAGAUCGAUGGAAAGUUCUUCCGGAAAUGGAUGAAUUGAAAGCUAAAGCCAAAUCUGCAGGGCUCUGGAAUCUCUUUGUUCCAUACAAUAUCGAUGAAAACAUGGAGUAUGGACGGGGACUGACGAAUCUUGAGUAUGCUUUUAUGGCGGAAGAGAUGGGAAGAUGCUUGUUGGGGUCAGAGCCGUUCAAUUGCUCUCCGCCGGAUACUGGGAACAUGGAAGUUCUUAUCAAGUAUGGAACAGAGGAUCAGAAGAAACAGUGGCUAACUCCUCUUCUUGAAGGAAAAAUUCGCUCUUGUUUUGGAAUGACCGAAAUCGCAGUAGCAUCAUCAGAUGCGACCAACAUCGAAAGUUCAAUCGUUUCCGACGGCGAUGAUUACGUCAUCAACGGUCGAAAGUGGUGGACGUCGAUGUCCCUUCACCCCAACUGCGAGUUAUGCAUAUUCAUGGGCAAGACUGAUUUCAACGCUUCACGCCAUCUUCAACAGAGCAUGAUUUUGGUGCCGAUGAAUACGCCUGGAAUGAAAAUUAUUCGACCUUUGACUUGUUACGGGAAUUUUGAUGCUCCUGGGGGCCACGCCGAGGUUGAUUUCAGCGAUGUGAGGGUUCCAAAGGAGAAUUUACUGGUUGGAGAAGGGAUGGGCUUUGCAAUAGCGCAGGGCAGACUAGGACCAGGAAGAAUCCACCACUGCAUGAGACUUAUCGGCAACUGCGAAAGAUCCAUCGAACUAAUGAAAGAACGAUUGCGUAACAGAGUCGCCUUCGGAAAGAAACUCUCCGAUCAAGGAGUUUGGAAAGAACGAGUCGGUCUGAGUCGGGUAGAAACGGACCAGGCCAGAUUGAUGACACUUCUAGCUGCGCAUAAAAUGGAUACCGUCGGCGCAAAAGUAGCAGCAAAGGAGAUUGCUAUGAUCAAAAUUAUUGCUCCGAACGUCGCGCAAAAAGUUGUGGAUAGAGCUAUUCAAGCUCAUGGCGCUGGAGGUAUGAGCUCAGAUUUCCUCUCGCCACAUUCAUGA